AUGCCUUCUGAAAAUGAACAAUUAAUUAAUGCUAACGGUGGUAUGAAACGCCAUCAUUCAAUUGAAAAUUUUGAACCAGCUAAGGAAGCUAAAGUAGAUAAAACGCCAGAAAAGUCUAUUAAUACAAAAUCAAAAGAAGUAACAAAUGGACAUCAUGAAGCGAAACAUGAUAAUGAAUAUCUUGAAAAAGGAGAUAUUGUAUUUACAUAUAAACCAAAAUUGGGUGUUGAUGAAUCAUCAUCUAUUGAUGAUGUUCAAUUAUUUCAUGUUUUAUUAAUACCAGUAGAAGAUGAAAAAAAUCAAGGUGAUCAAUCAUCUAAAACACGUCUAAUUAAAAUUGGUAAAAAGAAAUUACCAGCUAUUGGAAAAGAUCGUUUUUGGGGUUUUAUUGAAAAAGCUGAUGAUGAUAUUGAAAAAGUUGAAGAAAAUCUUGAAGCACAAUCUUAUCAAACAGCUACAGUUGGUACACGAACAGUAAAAGCUGAUCGUAUAGCUGGUAAAGGUAAAUAUAUAAUGGCAAAGAAUGAUGAAAAUCGUACAGUAAUUGGUUAUGUACUUGAAUCACCAACUGAAAUUGGAGAUGUACAAAAUGCAUUUAAUAUUACUAAAGAAGCUUCAUUUUCUAUUGCUGUCAAAAAUCCUAAAAAGAAAAGUCCACCUGCUGCUGGUCUUACUCAAUCUCAAAAAGCUGAAUUUCCAGAAGAGAUUCAAAAAAAAUUUGGUGAUUAUCAAUGGUUGCCAGCUGAACCAGCAAUGCUUGAUAUUCCAGGUUGUGAAAUGGUAUGGAUUGGUUCUUCAACUGAUAAUCUCGAAGAAGUAUUAGGUGAACUUAGUCGAGAACUAGAAGAAGAUGUUGAUCAUGAAGUAACAGCAACUGAAGUUAUGAAAGAUAUUCAAUUAGAUGAAAAACAACAUCCAAUACAACCUCUUAUUGAUGGACAAUGGCCUAAAGCUGAAGAUGCACCUGAGAAAAAUAAUGAAGAAGAAGAAAAUAAAACAGAAUGA